GCCGGAUCCGCCUGAGACCGAUCGAAGCGUUUAUAUGCGGAAACGGUAGAAAACCCUAGCUAGGGUUCUUCCAGUCCUCUCUUUGUGCCUGCCGCUUCUCUCUUCGCAGUUCGAGCAGUCGUCACCUUCAGCAAUGGCCAAGAGAACCAAGAAGGCUGGCAUCGUCGGAAAGUACGGAACCCGUUAUGGGGCAAGUCUGCGUAAGCAGAUUAAGAAAAUGGAGGUUAGUCAGCACAGCAGGUACUUCUGCGAGUUCUGUGGGAAGUACGCCGUGAAGAGAAAGGCAGUGGGAAUCUGGGGCUGCAAGGACUGUGGCAAAGUCAAGGCUGGUGGAGCAUACACAUUGAACACUGCGAGUGCUGUGACAGUUCGGAGCACCAUUCGGAGGUUGAGGGAGCAAACCGAGAGCUAAGCGGCUUAUUGUCCUACCUAUGUUCCAUCUUUUGCUAUUUAGAAUUUUCAAUGCUGAAUGUCUUGGUGAAGUUAACCCUCUUUCAUUUGGGACUUGAGUUGGAUGUAACGAAUUUUGGAUGAUCAAGCUAUUAUGUUAUGGUUGGAGGAUCUUGAGUUAAUUAUAACUUCUUGUUAGUGUCA